GCGGACUAUAUAAUAUGAUCUUAGGACUUAUGACUAAAUUACCACAGCCAAAACCCUAAAAUCUAAAAACUUACCGUUUAAUACACGGAAAUUUCAGUACCCCCGAGCGAACAGGAACACUCAUUAUUAUACUCUCUCUGAUCAGUCAGUCCACUCUUUCUUGUAUCUGAACUUGCCGCCACCAGCAGCCACGACCGCCACCGGCAGCAUCAGUGCCGCUUCUACCACCGCCGCCAUUACCUUCGCUUAUUGCUUCAAUCAGCUUUUCACUGAUUUCAGUUGCAUUUAGCUAAGUCGUCAAUUAGGAAAGUGAACAAUUAUUUUUAUCCUGAAUAUGGAACCUGAAGCUGAAAAAAUCAAAGUCUUGGCUAAUGAAGCAUUUAAAGCGCACAAGUAUGGUCAGGCUAUUGAUUUAUAUACGCAAGCGAUUAAAUUAAAUGGUCAGAAUGCUGUUUACUGGGCAAAUCGUGCAUUUGCACAUACUAAGUUGGAGGAGUAUGGAAGUGCAAUACAAGAUGCUACAAUGGCUAUUGAAAUUGAUCCUAAAUAUUCAAAGGGUUAUUACAGGCGAGGUGCUGCUUAUCUUGCUAUGGGGAAAUUCAAAGAAGCACUGAAGGACUUCCAACAGGUCAAGAAAAUUUGUCCAAAUGAUCCUGAUGCUACCAAGAAAUUAAAGGAAUGUGAGAAGGCAGUAAUGAAGCUUAAGUUUGAAGAAGCAAUUGCUGCACCGGAAUCUGAAAGGCGAUCAGUAGCUGAUUCUAUUGAUUUUCAUUCUAUAGGGACUGGCCCCAGUUCAUCAUCCGUGCCCACCCAAGUGGCCAAAGCACCAGUAGCAGUAGCAGUUGUCGUUGCAUCUGUGCUUUUGGUGGGAAGGGAAACAGCUGCAACGGUGGUGGCAGUACUGAUGGUGAUACUGGUGGUCUUAGGGGCAUGUUGGUGGGGUGGCUGGAGGUUUAGUGGUGUCUUUACCAAGAGACAAGUACUUGACCUAGAUGUGGAGCCACAGUACUCGGGUGCAAGGAUAGAGGGAGACACUGUUACUUUGGAUUUUGUCAAAAACAUGAUGGAUGACUUCAAGAAGCAGAAGUGCUUACACAAACGAUAUGCAUUCCAGAUUGUCUUGGAAACAAGAAAUAUGUUACGAACUCUGCCUUCUCUGGUUGAUAUAAAUGUUCCUGAUGGAAAGCAUUUUACUGUUUGUGGUGAUGUACAUGGUCAGUUCUAUGAUCUGUUAAACAUUUUUGAGCUCAAUGGUCUUCCCUCGGAAGAGAAUCCAUAUCUGUUUAAUGGUGACUUUGUGGAUAGGGGAUCAUUUUCUCUGGAGGUCAUCCUCACAUUAUUUGCAUUUAAGUGCAUGUGUCCAACAGCCAUGUAUCUUUCAAGAGGAAAUCAUGAAAGCAAGAGUAUGAACAAGAUAUAUGGUUUUGAGGGCGAGGUCAGAUCCAAAUUGAGUGACACAUUUGUAGAACUCUUUGCGGAAGUCUUUUGCUGUUUACCUUUGGCUCAUGUAAUAAAUGAGAAGGUAUUUGUAGUUCAUGGAGGUCUUUUUAGCGUAGAUGGGGUCAAACUAUCUGAGAUUAGAGCUAUUGACCGGUUUUGUGAGCCCCCUGAGGAAGGGUUGAUGUGUGAAUUGCUAUGGAGUGAUCCACAACCUUUCCCUGGAAGAGGCCCUAGCAAGCGAGGUGUAGGCCUUUCUUUCGGUGCAGAUGUGACAAAAAAGUUUUUGCAGGAAAAUAAGCUGGAUUUAGUUGUGCGAUCUCACGAAGUGAAGGAUGAGGGUUAUGAGAUUGAGCAUGAUGGUAAACUCAUUACUGUUUUCUCCGCUCCAAAUUAUUGUGAUCAGAUGGGUAAUAAGGGCGCAUUUAUUCGAUUUGAAGCCCCUGAAUUGAAGCCAAAUAUUGUUACAUUCUCAGCAGUGCCUCACCCCGACGUCAAGCCAAUGGCAUAUGCAAACAAUUUCCUCCGAAUGUUCCAAUAGCAGUAUGCCCGAGUGGAAUGGCCAAUCUUGUAUUAUUUUCAGCAUAAGGUAGCUCUACUGCCAAAAAUGCAAGUUGUUGAGCAGGCAUCUGAAGAGCUGGUACAUUUUGAAAAUGCAGCAUCUUAAGUUUGCGAUAUUCUUUGAGCAAUCCUUUUCCCCAACAUUUAGUGUUUGUAAGAAUUUUCUCCGUAUGGUCACGUUUUUUCAAAAUUUAUCUUCUCAAGCCAGUUGUAGGUUUCAAACGUACUGGCAUGAAUUUCGUUGGUGCCUUUGUAAAAUUAAAAACCUUCUUUUUGGGUUUGUUAAUCAGUGCAUCCUCUUCAUGUUUAUUCUCAUCAAUAUUGUAAAAUUAUGAGUUUACUUGGAAAUCAGAAGAUACAGAAUGUUGGAGGAAAUGAAAGGGGAAGAGAUUAGUAUUCAUUUCCAGUCUACAUUGAAAGUUCAGAAGGAGAGAACAUUGUGCUGUGAGGUUGUAGCAAGUUACAUCCUCUAUUUCCAGGGCUUGAUCAAAAUGGGAGCCAGGAGCCAGGUAAUGUCCGGUAUUGGACUUUUGUGUUUAGUUUCAAGUGUAUGGUUUUCUCCAAGCUUUGACCCAAAAUGAAUAUUUUGUCAUUUUACAUGUAAAUUGUAAUCAUAGUUAUGCUUUUGGACGUGUAUGGUACACGGAAAAAAGGUCCGACUUUGGCCUUCAUGUUUAUCUCAAAAAGUCUCAUUGGCCA